CGCGCAUCCCGCGCUCAGCCUUUCGGACGACGGUUCGGCGCUGCAGCGAGUUUCUGCCAUAAAUGGACCUUCAUAAGAUUAUUCAUCAAACAUUAAAUGAGCUCAUCCAGUCCUGUAAUCCCAAAGCAGAUCUAAGCUCCCUAGAUGAUGUUCUUCUUUCUUACAUCACUGGUGUGCUGGAGAACUUGGGGUCCCAGGACAGUAUGGAAGAGAACUUUGAUGUUGAAGUCUUCAUUGAAAUGCUUGAAGCAUACAUCCCAGGCUUCGCUGAAAUUGACAGCGUUAAAGUAUGUGAGAUGAUGUUUAACCUGGCAUCAAAAUUAGCUACAGCACGAGGAGCAGAACAUUUUGAACCAAAGACUGCUUUAAAGGUUCCAUUGCUGAUAGAAAGCAGUGCCAGUGGGACUUCCAUGCAAAAUACACAAGACUUAUCCACACAGGCAGAAGGAGGCACAGCAAAGGCAAUUCAGGAAUCUACUUUAUCAACUGAAGCUAAAGGGAACAAAACAGCUGUCCCAAGGCUCAUGCAGAAGAAUAUUAGUGGAAAUGACAGCCAGGUGCAGCAUCUCCUUGAGAUGUUCCCCAAGUGCAGUGUGACGGAGGCCACGAGUGCCUUAUCUAUUGCCAAAGGAGACAUGGAGGAGGCAGUCCGACUCAUCAUCGAGGGAGAUGUUCAGCUCAGUCACAACCCCCCCCUUAAUGCAAACAGUUGGAAAGCCAUUUCACUAAAAGCCGACGAAAAGCUGAAAGCAGCCAUUCUUGAGAAGUAUAUGUUAGUAGACAAUGAGGAAGAUAAGAAAAUUCACAGGCCUGUAACUCCUAAGGAUCAGGCACCCAAGAAGCUGGUGCGCUACCAUGGUAAUCAGGUGGUCAGUACCAAAGGGGAGAGAUACCACCAAGUUAAGAAUGAGGAGACUGAGGAAGUGAAGAAAACAUACAUAAAUCUGAAACCAGCCCGCAAGUACAGAUUCCAUUGAUAAUGAGCUUCACAAUUAGGGCAAACCAGUUUCUAAGAGUGUUUUUAUUUCUGUGGCUUUUUAAAAAAUUAACUAAGACCAUUGCUGUUUUUUUUAACACUUAAUACGUCAUCGAUCAGUGACAAAUGAUCGAUCUCAUUUACCGUCUGUAUGCGUGUGUGUGUUAAAUCUGUGAUAGAUUGACUAACUGGUAGGCUGUUUCAUUAAAACACCGGAAAUUCUUUGGAGAGAUUACAGUUUAUUUCACAAGACACGCCAUCUAGCAAGCUUUUGAAUUAAUUCAUUGUUUGAAAGUGAUCAGCAUUUGAAAUUAUAGUGCAAUUUUAACUGAAUUGCCUCACAGGAGUUACUUGAUAUCCUGAUGUUGUGCCUCAGAUAACAUCUGAAACACCAUAUUCUCAUGCUAUAAUGGUAAAAACUACAACAGAAACUGAAAUGCUUCAAGCGAUAUGAAAUUGGGUUUUCUACCAAAUCUCAAUAUUGGGCCCCUGAAGCAAGAUUUUUUCUUUACUGAGUAAAUUUAAGAUGAGAUGAUGACAUUUUGGGCAGCUACUAUACCUUUCUCUGAAGACUCACUGAGCUGUAUACUUCCCAUAGAUUUCAAGUUUCCAUGGCUAUUUUUGACUGGCUAUUUGCCUGUACGUUUUACACACCUGUCAGAAGGGUGCUGAAAAUUUUACAUGCAUAUAUGUAGAUUUUGGCAGAUAUUUAAAACACAAUGUGUUUUUAGUGCUUUGAUUGAAGUAGCCUUACUGAUUAUGAGAACA